AUGUCAUUUGCUGGCGUGUCUAUUAUCAACUACAGUGACGCCACCGGCUACUCAAUCGAAGUCUCCGCGGCCAGCGGGUACCACCUGCUUGUUGUUAGAGGCUACUCGCGUACGAAAUACUAUGCAUCUACCGGCACGGUGAUCCGGUCUCUCCCGUUCAAGGUAGGGGGGCAUCGCUGGUGCAUCCAGUACUUCCCUGAAGGCAACGCGGCCGAGUGUUCCGGCUCGGUCUCCUUCUUCCUCGCCCUUCUCGAUGAGAAUGUCACCGAGCCUCUCAAGGUGCAGUACGAUUUCAGCUUCGUCGACGAGCUUGAGAAGCAGGAUCCAGCAUAUAUCCGUGCAAACGAGCCGCACGAUGGUCUCAUCAAAAGAGACGCGCUUGAGAAAUCGAAGCAUCUAAACAAGGAUUGUUUCACCAUCCUAUGCGACCUUGUCGUUGCCACCACGGUUGAUCUCUCCAUCAAGGUACCACCUUCGACCAUACAUCAGCAUAUCAACGACCUCCUCCUGUCCAAGGAAGGCACUGACGUGACAUUCAAUGUUGGCGGCGAGACGUUCGUCGCCCACCGGUGCGUGCUCGCGGCUCAUUCUACUGUCUUCAAGGCAGAGCUCUUUGGCCCCGUGAACGAAGGCACGGUAGCAAGCAUUGUGCAAAUACAAGACAUGGAAGCAAAAGUGUUUAGGGCCUUGCUUAGCUUUGUUUACACCGACUUGCUGCCCGAUAUGGAGAUAGACAUGGGGGAGGAGAAAAAGGGUGGCGACGAAGCAUUAUGGUUGCAACACUUGCUUGCGGCGGCAGAUAAAUAUGAUCUCCAAAGACUGAAGAUACUAUGUGAAGAAAAGCUAUGCAAACACAUAGACGUGAAGUCAGUGAAAACUAUUUCUACUCUAGCUGGGCGGCACAACUGUUGUGGAUUCAAAGAGAGGAAAAGCUGUCAGGACCCCGAUUCCAAGUCACAUCGAUCUAGCCGGCUCCGAGGAGCGAGAUAUUACAAACAUGGGUCUCAUGACCCAACAAUCAGAGCAUACAAGUCAAAGCACAUGCGGAAGCUUAACAUGUCUCAGUAUAGGCAUCUACAAAUGAAAAAGGCUGAGAAGCCUAACUAUCUACCAGAUCCUGCCGAGGGCACAAGAUCGUAG